AUGCAAUUUUCAGGUGACAACAUUUUUGUGCAUGGAAUCGCAGCCACGCCAACUCCUCUUCUGAAGGGUCUCUGUGAGCACGCGAAGGCGAACAACUUGAAGGGAAUCAAAUUGCAUCAUUUGCAUCUUGAAGGAGAGACACCAUGGACUGCUCCAGAUGUGAAGGACCGGAUCCGCUCCAACUCGCUUUUCACUGGUGGUAAUCUACGAAAAGCUGUGAACGAAGGUGUGGCCGAUUUCAACUCAUGCUUUUUGCACGAGGUUCCGAUGCUUUUCCGUAAAGGCGCCAUCAAGCUCAACGCCGCUAUAAUCCACGUCUCUGCUCCAGACGCAAACGGUUACUGUUCAUUAGGCACGUCUGUGGAUACUGCAAGAGCAGCUGUGACGAAUGCCGACCAUAUUAUUGCCAUGACAAACAAGAACAUGCCAAGAACCUUCGGUGAUGGUGUUAUUCAUUCGUCGCACUUCGACUAUGUCAUCGAGGAUAACAAUUUCCCUCUUCACACACGGAAAUUGGGAGAAAACAGUGAGGAGGAGGAGAAGAUCGGAAAAAUCAUCGCCGAGAAUCUGGUAGACAAUGGAGCAACUCUUCAAAUGGGUAAGUACGAUUCUGCACUUCAUUCCAAGUGA